AUGUCUUUCGAACAGCCAAUCUACAAUGAUUUGGAUUACAAAGGGUUUGAGCUGGGGCAGGACUCGACAAUUGAUUUGUCAUUGUUCACCAACAACCAAUUUUUUGAUCUAGACGUUUUUGCUGACGGAGUAACCGAACUGAAGCCUGAAGUCGUUGAUCCAUCACCACAGAAUGACAUUUCAGUUUCCCAAACGCCUAUUCUUUCCGUUGAAAGCUCUCCGGACAACAAGGUGCAGAAGCCUCUAGAUGAUAAGCGAAGGAGAAACACGGCGGCUUCUGCCCGUUUCAGAAUGAAGAAGAAGCAGAAAGGAAAAGAGAUGGAAGAGAAAGCCAAGCAGCUGACGGAGACCGUUGAGCGUCUCAACCAAAGGAUCAGGACUCUAGAGAUGGAGAAUAAAUGUUUGAAGAACCUUAUGUCACAAAGAGGGGCCAUUGAAGACACCAAAGACUCAUCUGCCGACCCUAUUUCCAAGAUUGCCGGCUCUACAUCCAAUUACGAACUAUUGAAACUAUUGAAGAGCAAUAGCAAUGACGACGGUUUUACCAUGACGCAUCUAUAG